AACGUCAAUUAGUAGAUGCAUUUAAUGGUACAUCGGAUUGUCCCACCACUGCAGUGGAGGUGGCAAGCAGUAGUGAGGUCACCGCGGUGUGGAGUGAACGGCGCGACGGUUACGAUAAUGAAGCUGCUUUUGUUAAUAACUAGCAUAGUGGCGAUCACUGCGCGCCCAGCUGUGGACGUGGAGAAGACAGUUCUGCAAGUACAGAGCAUCCUGCAAGCCAACGCACAGCUGCCGCGCCUCACGAGGCAGGAGAUCCUGGAACUGCUCAACGAUAUCAGGGCUGAAGAUGCUAAGAGCACCUCUACUUCUAGUGAGCAAACUAGUACAGAAAAAUCAACAACAACAACUCCGAGUUCAAAAGAAAACGAAAUAAAUUCUGUGCCGACAACAUCAACACCGGAUUUCAAAGACAAUCUUGUACCAGACGAAAGGGAGAGCUAUGUGUCAGCUGCAGGCCCGACUAAAACUACAGUCGAAAGUACAACCAAAGCCCUACCAACCCUAACUGUUGUAUUACCAUAUACGCCGAAAGACGGUUCGUCUUUACAGGAGCUUUACACCAGACCUCCCAGGACAGAAGUCGUAGUCCUCCCAAAAACGACUCCAAAACCUAACCCCAAAGAGCUGAAAAAUAAAAAUCUUGAGCAGACUUUGAAAAAUAAUCAUGAUUUGGCAUUGGCAAAUAUAGAAGAUUUUCCUGCUGAAUUACAAGCGUUCCUUGACUCCCAUGGAAUAAAAAGUAAUUCAGGAAAUGAUCAUUUCUUACUGCCUCUUGAUGGAUUUAAACCCUUGCCUCCAGCGAAAAUCGUAGAUGGAACAGUUCAACUUCCAGAAAAUAUUUUACUAACUUACGACCUAAUAUCGCCCAGUACAGAAUUGAAUUCAUCAGCCACCACUCGAAAUCAGGCUCUAAGCAAUUAUUUAUACGAACCAUUACGUCCUGAACCAAUAUUUGAGCUAGAUACAUCUGAAUCCCAGAAAGUUGAUCUGCCGCUAGACAUGCCGAAGAGCCGCAAAACGAAAUCUUCUAAUAGCGAUCCGCUGCCACUUCUUGAGCCCCUUGACUACGAUUCAAUGAAGGUGAUACCAUUAGGGCAAGGACCCAGCCCGGUCGAAGACACUAAUACUGUCCUUGGAAGUGAACAGAGUAAAAGACAGGCGAAUAGCACUGAGGAGACAGAAGCCCCUACGACUGCUGCUACUGAUUUAAAAAAUGAUUCAGGAGUGUCAGAUAACGCAGCGUCUUCGGCAGAUACAGAUUCGGGUGCAUCAAUAUCUGACUUGGAAGAGUCGUUUGGCGGCGCUGCCCCUGAGAAGCCAGGGGACUCCGAACUCCCGCCGCCAAGAAAAAACGGAUUCUACUGGAUGGUCGACUGGAACAGUUUCCUGGAAGUGGGCGACGGAGAUACAAAAGUAAACAUUCGUUUCGAGCCGAAACUGGGAGAUCGGCAAAUGUUCCUCCCCGUCAGCGUACCGUGAUCAGUUCGCGAAUUGCAAUACUGAGUUCUAGUCUGUGGUUUUAAUUAGGAAGGAUAUUAUUAGUAGUGGGGCCGGAUGGGGGAUGAAUAAUAUAAUUUAUAUUUAGACAUUAAAAAGUCGUUCUAAGGUAAUUACGACUUUGGAGUAGAUGGAAGUUAGCUAACCAUAAUGGUUAUAGUUUUUAUAAGAAUAGAACCAGAUGUUCUUGUCGUGUUUGAAAAACCCUCCAAUUAUGCUCAUAAUUAGUGCAAGUAUUCCCGGUUUUCUAAUUGGUACCACGAUUCUCGAAUACUUACGAUAUUUUUCACUCGAGUGGUAUCCACUGCUCGAUUAAAUGAGUGCUUAUGAGAUGAGUUGCGGCGUGGAACGGUGACGGAACGCAAACUAUAUUAAUAACAAACGCUGAUGAACCAAAUCGAAAGUGAAAUCGCGAAGUCAUGUCGUUACAUUACUACCAAUUAAUUGAAGAUUACGCCAUUUUCAAAUAUUUGCACGUAAAUGUACGAUAGAAUUUUUUUUAUUAUUAUAAGUAUUUAAUAAAAAAACUUGUAUUAUUUUGUAUCAAAAUCUCUUGUUCGGAAUAGUCUUUACGUGUGUGUUACGUCAGAAAGUUUUCUCCUAAAACGUUAGUACCCGUUCCUGCCAACGACUGACAUAAAGUGUGAUGUGUGCGCAUUAUGUCACCUUAUGAGUGAUAAACUUAACUCUCGCGUAGAUAAACUUGUACGUUCGUACGGUCGGGUUAAAAUCUUUUAGAACUUGAGUACGGUGACAUUUCUUUUUUACUGUUAACGUUAUUUAUCUACACUGACAUAAUAAUAGUUUCUGUAAACUGUAUUUUAAAGAGCAAAUCAGCCUUUUACCCUUUUUGUAAUGUAUCGUCCAAGAUACACAUUUUUAGGCUCCCUCUACCAUCUUGAAUGACUAUCGAUAUUCUUGAUUAAAAUACUCGACAAAUUAGUAUAAUAACCAGCCAUAGGCACUAUACUCGAUAAAUUCAUUCUUAUCAUUCAAUGUAGUAUUAGAUACCAGAUACCCAGAUACCUAUAUCACUUCCUGUCAGUUGUCAUUUUUUAUUAUAUUAUACCGUGGCGUCACCUAAUGCGAUGAGUAUGUACAAAAACGCAUUUAACCGAUUUGCAAGACUGAAGUGAUUCCAGAAGAGCAGAAAUCAGAAUGUAUUUAUAGCCCAGCUUGUUACUGCUACACGAGGCCCUUCCCUUGAAGUA